CAGACCUCCAUCACCAAGACCUUAUAGACCUCCAUCAACUCGACCUCCAUCAACUCCAACUCCAUCACCAACACCUCCAUCACCAAGACCUCCAUCAUCAAGACCUCCAUCACAUCACACGAUCAAGUCGGUAGCCAUGACUAGAGCCUGUGUGUUGCUGGCGGUGAUGCUAAGCGCUUGUCUUAGCCACCCUCUGAUCGACUCCCAGCGGCUCUUCUCCAUCGCGGUCAACCGCAUCCAGCACCUCCACAUGCUCGCACAGAGGAUCUUCUCCGAGAUGGAAAGCUCUCUACAGAUUGAAGAACAGAGACAGCUGAAUAAAAUAUUUCUUCCGGAUUUCUGUAACUCCGAUGACAUCAUCAGUCCCAUUGACAAGCACGAGACGCAACGGAGUUCGGUGCUGAGGCUGCUCACGGUGUCCUAUCGGCUCAUCGAGUGCUGGGAGUUCCCCAGCCAGUCUCUGCCUGGAGGCUCAGUGCUCAGAAACCAAAUCUCACCGAAACUCAGCGAACUGAAGAAUGGCAUCCAUAUCCUGAUCAGGACCAGCCAGGGUGCUGGCGAUGCGCUGGUGGAGGCCGACCCCAUGUCGCCCUACGGGGGCUACUACCAGGCGCUGGGCGGGGACGGCUCGCUGCGCGGGAGCUACGAGAUGCUAGCCUGCUUCAAGAAGGACAUGCACAAGGUGGAGACCUACCUGACCGUGGCCAAGUGUCGACUCUCCCCUGAGGACAACUGCACUCUGUAGCCUCCUCAAGCUGCUCCUCCUCCUGGAACAGACCUCCUCAAGCUGCUCCUCCUCCGCCCCACAGCCCCUCUUUAGAGGCACCUAUUCUUUUUUACCCCCACCUACCUUCCUUUAGCUCCACCUCCUGUUCCCCCUCCCCUCCUGUAGCUCCUCCUCCCCUCCUAUAGCUCCACCUCCUGUCCCCCCCCCUGUAGCUCCUCCUCCCCUCCUGUAGCUCCACCUCCUGCUCCUCCUCCCCCUGUAGCCCUGCCUCCUGCUCCCCCUGUAGCCCCUUCUCCUGCUCCCCCUGUAGCCCCGCCCCCUGGUCCUCCUCCCCACCUGUAGCCCCGCCUCCUGCUCCUCAGUGGUUUUCCUUUAGUUCUGCGGAAAGAGAAAACUGCUUCAGUAGUACUACUGGUGCUACUUCUAGUGGUACUACUAGUAAUACUAGUACCAAUAGUACCAGUAGUAAUACUGCAGUACUAGUAAUCAUUUAAGAGAGACAUGCCAUAACUUAUAAUCUUGAUAAACUUGUAUCCCAGUA